CGAAAUAGAGGAUGAGGACGAGGACGAGGACGAAGAUGAAUAUGAUGAAACAACAUCGUCGGAUGAAAUGGAUGAUGACUCUGACAUUGAUGAGUAAUUCAAUAUGGUAUAUUAUAUGUUUUGUUAGUUUAUAAUUUUUAUUUCGGACUAAUCCUAACAACUUGUAUUCUGUUUUCUUAUUUUCAUUAUGUGGACAGAAUGUCAUCAGACAGUGAAGGUGAGGAUACCAUCGCUGGAAUCACACGAGCUCAAGGGGAAACUCGUGGCGAAUUCUUGUUACGAGUCGUAAAUCGAGUUGGAAAAAUCAAGCUGGAAUGGACGGAGCAACAGGGUAGACCAGUUGGACCUGGGUCAGCUUCGUUUAACAGCGAGAUAGGCUAUUUGGCACGCAACUAUAUUGAUGCGAAGCGUGCAAAGAAAAAGGAGAUAACGRUCCUAGAGACUAAUAAAAUCAUUCAGAUGUUGCUGGAGAAGUUUGCUGUCGAUAUAUCUCAGCCACAUGUGCAUAGAUAUAUUUUAUACGAGAUUGGAACUCGAUUCAAAGAUUAUCGAGCGAAACUACAUCGCCAUUACAAAAAAUCACGUGAUCCAGCACGUGCUCGCCAAAAGCCGUAUAAAGACAUAAAACAAGAASACUGGAACAUAUUGUGUGAUAGAUGGGAAUCUCCUGCAUGGAAGGAAAAAUCUGCCAGAAAUAAGAUGGCACGUAGUAAAUUGAGGUUCAAUCAUCGAGGUGGACCAAAACCAUUUCGAUUGAUGCUACAAGGAUGGUGGAGGCUUGGACGUUGGAGAGGAUUAUUUCGUUAGAUGCUUGACGUUAUUUUUCUUUUGUACUCUAAUUUUAUAAUAACACACUUUGCAAUGUUAUGAAUGAUAAAA